AACGCCAUCGGUGUAGACAAGACACACAGAGAUUGGGUGCCAUCUGCCCUGUGUAUUUAUUCUGCACAGCGCCAUCUAUAGGACGGGCUGACUUGUGUGUGUUCUUUGGACUUUGCGCAGUGUUCAUGGUCCAGUACACCGAGCGCUAUGAUGGCCGGGCAGGUGACAGUGCUGAGUGGAGGAUUAUCUACCGAGCUGGAAGGUGCUGGAUUUCUCAUACAGGGAGAUCCACUUUGGAGUGCAAGACUUCUUCAUACUAAUCCUCAAGCUAUUAAGACUGUACAUACUAGCUUUCUAAAGAGUGGUGCUGAUGUGCUGAGCACCGCAACAUAUCAGGCCAGUAUUGAAGGAUUUAAACAGCAUCUUGGGUUGGACUUUGAAGAAGCUGCAAACCUUUUUACUGUAGCUGUACGUCAAGCAAAAGAAGCUGCUGAAGACUUCACAAUGCAGUCCUCCGAAAAAAGAGAAAUUUUAAUUGCUGGAUCAAUAGGACCAUACGGAGCAUUCCUCCAUGAUGGUUCUGAGUACACUGGAAGUUAUGUGAAGGACAUGAGUAUUCAGGAGUUGAAAGAUUGGCAUCGGAUACAGAUGAUGUGCUUAGCAGCUGCUGGAAUUGACCUGUUUGCUUUCGAGACAAUACCCAGUCAGAAGGAGGCAGAAGCCCUUGUGCAGCUUUUAAGAGAGUUCCCAAAUAAAAAAGCUUGGCUUUCCUAUUCAUGUCAGAGUGGGUCAGCGACAAGCUUCGGUGAUACAUUUGAUGAAGCAAUAAACGUGGCAGCAGGAUCCAACCAGUUGGUGGCUAUAGGGGUGAAUUGCUGUUCACCUGCAUUUGUUGGUCCACUCCUUACAUCCGCCAACAAAAAGCAAGGUCGAAAGAUUGACUGGAUUAUUUAUCCGAAUAGUGGAGAAAAAUGGGACCACAACAUGGGCUGGCAAGGCACAAAUACAGAUAAAGCACUCUCUGAAUAUGCAUUAGAAUGGGUUCAACUUGGUGCAAGAUGGAUUGGAGGCUGCUGCCGGACCACUCCAACAGAUAUUGCAAGUAUUCGAGACAUUUUGCGGGUGAAUCAUUUCUGAUAAUUUCUCCUUUUACUAAUAAAGAUCUCAGUUUUUACACA